CAUACGCAAGAUCGUGUCACACUCUGCGUCAGUAUCAACGAUCAAAAUCAUAAAAAUAAUUCGUUAUUGAAUAUAGUUGCAAUAUAUAUAAAGGCCCGGUGUAGGGAAAACACAGACCAUUUGAGCUAAACAAUUUAACGUUUUCCGUAACGAUAAAUCGGAGUGGAGGGAAGAAAGGAAUCUGCUCUAAUUACCCGCGAGAGAUACUACAACUGCUAUUGUGAGGAGCUAUAUAAAUAUAUAAAUCAGCCGGCUGCAGUUUCGUCGCCGACAGAAGGGAUAUCGAACGUGAAUCGGCGAUUCCGUUCGCGUUGAUAAAAAGCCGAUAAUUCUAUUUGUUCUCGCGCCUCGAUAACACCUCGAUAAAUAGUCGUGGAUGUUUCCCGGAGGAGCGACGAGCUGACGAGCGGUCCGCUCGACAGGAUCAGCCGACGAGACCCCCGGGCCAACGAGGAUGCUGCGGCACUUGGCACGCGUGCAGCGGCACGCAGACCUGCUGAAACAGCGCCCGGCGGCGGUUCAGUUCGCGAACUCCUCCUGGAGGGAGAGUUCAGAGAUCAAAGGCGAUGACGAGAGGAAGAAUUACAGAGAAUUCAUUGACACUUCCAACCCGAGGCAAAAAAUAAUGAAAGGUUUAAAGCAUGACUGGAAAGUGCUGAAACGUGUGUUGUCGCCCAAGAGAGAGUACUCCGACUUUGAGGCGCUGUUGAAGGGAAGAGAGAUAAUUCCUGCUCACUGUGACGUGCUUAUCAUUGGCGGCGGUGCGAUUGGUAGCUCGAUAGCAUAUUGGCUGAAGCAGAAAGUUUAUAGAGAUGAAUUCAAUGUCGUUGUGGUUGAGAAAGAUCCUACGUACGCCAAGGCUUCCACGACUCUUUCGGUGGGUGGCCUGCGUCAGCAGUUCUCUCUCGAAGAGAAUAUCUACAUGUCGCUGUUCGGCGCGGAAUUCCUGCGGAAUAUCAACGAGCACUUGAGUGUCCCCGGGGAGCCGCCCAUCGACGUGUGUUUUCACCCUUACGGCUACUUGGUACUGGCGACCGAGGCGGGCGCUGAGACUUUGGUGCAGAACUCUAAGCUGCAGAAUUCUCUGGGGGCGAAAAAUGUCGUUCUCACUGCCGAGAAGCUGAAACGCACGUUUCCUUGGAUAAACACCGACGGGAUCGCGGCGGGUUGUCUCGGACUGGAAAAAGAAGGAUGGUUCGAUCCGUGGUCCCUUCUGUGUGCCUUGAAGAAAAAAGCUAGUCAUUUGGGUGCUCAAUACGUCAAUGCCGAAGUCAAGGCUUUUCAGUACAAAAAUGUUUCAGGAGGUUACGAUUACAAUAUGAAUCCUGUCAAAAAAUUAAAUAACGUAGUCAUAAAAACAGAGGACGGUGAGAUUAAGACAAUAGAAUUUGCCAUAGCUAUUAUUGCCGCGGGCGCGUUUAGUGGCGAGAUAGCCGAGUUGGCUGAUAUCGGAAUAGGGGAGAGAUUAUUAUCUGUAGCUUUACCAGUUGAACCCAGAAAACGAUACGUAUAUUGUUUCCAUUGUCCCGACGGACCUGGUUUAAAUACACCUUUAACGAUUGACCCCACUGGCACAUAUUUUAGACGCGAUGGUUUAGGAGGUAAUUUUAUCGGCGGAAAAUCACCAGAAUCAGACGAGGAGCCGUCAAUUCAGAACUUGGAUGUCGAUCACGACUUUUUCGACAAUAAAGUGUGGCCUUUACUUGCUCACAGAGUACCGGCAUUUGAAAAGUUGAAGGUGAAAUCUGCAUGGGCUGGAUAUUACGAAUACAACACGUUCGACGAAAACGGUGUUAUUGGCCAGCAUCCUUACCACAACAAUUUAUACAUUGCGACUGGUUUUAGCGGACAUGGUAUUCAAAAGGCACCCGCGGUGGGACGCGCGGUAUCGGAGCUGAUUUUACAUAAACGAUUUUUGAGUAUAGAUUUGUCCAAACUGAGUUUCGAUAGAUUCUUAAAGUCAGAACCUAUGAGAGAAGCUAACGUAUUUUAGGUAGUAGAGAAUCAUUGUUUUUUUUUGUUUUUAUAUUUGAUUGUACCAU